CUCUUUUGAAUCUCAUCGUUCUGAAAUGGAGCAUGCAGUUCGCAAGGACUCACCCUCGUCCCUGAUAGUUGCUGUCAAGGUUAUGACAGGUGUUUGACUAACUUCUGUAUGCUGCCACGACUGCACAACAUCUCUUGAAAGGUACGAGCUUGCAUGCACGUCUUCCUCUUCCCCUUCCCUCGGUGAUGACCCCUUGACACGAAUGGCAUUCCUCAGACUUAAUUCAUCAUGUGGAAUCUGUCUAUUACAAGUUUCAGCCUUGUCUGAUCCAAGUGCAACCUUUUCUUGUUUCCCAGAUUUUUUCUGUUUCGUGGCCUGGGAAGCUAACGAGAAAUGCAACAGGUACUCCUCACCGAUUAUUUCUUCCCCUUAACCCCCGUACUCUUUCCUGUGACGAAGACUUGAACGAACGGGCGGACAGACUGCGUGUGCGGCUUCACACAUCUGUAAAAGCAGGACGUACAAUCCUUGUGGAUGUGAUGUGGGCCGUAACACUUGUUGAGAACUCGUCAGCUGAGGACUGCUUGCACAAGACAUUGUUGGAUGGUAUAAGAUAUGUGAAGUGAUGCUAACGGCGCUGGUUCUAGGUAUUUGCGAUCCCCUCGUGUCUCUCAUCUCGACUUGCAUCCUAUGAUGAACAAUAUUCACACUGUUUGAACCGAGCUUUCGCUUGGAAAUGAACGUUAACACUGAAAAUUCUGAUUUAAUGAGCCUGAAAUAGAUGCUUACACUUUCUUCCCUUUCACACAAGAUCUGAGAGUCUCGGCUGAGCUGACCGAUGGCUGUUUGGCGCAGGUAUAUUCGCUUUGCUCUACUCAGGUCCGAAGGACAAAGUACUCGAAUAGGUGAGAAUAUGCCUUCUUGUCAAUAUGUCCAUCCUGAUGAUCUCAUGUAUUUCGCUGUGUUCUUACUGAAUUCCCAUGUCGAACAUAUAUCACCUUGGAGAACUGAAAUGUUGCUUGCUCUUCUCAAACUUGACCCUCUACACUGUUCUCGAGACAUAUAUGCUGAUUUCCUCUUAGUUCCUCCCGCUGGAUGUAUUAAUGAUGGAUAUAACGGGCAAAGAUGCCCCGGGUGUGAAUCACUGACUUUAUUUGACCCUCGUCGCAGUCUGUGGCCGCCUAGUUCUACACCUGGCUCAUCAGCAUUUUGCUUCUGUAGUGAAUAGAUAAUUAUAUGCACCUUGAAUAUUGAUUAUCAUAUGUUGAGAAA